GCUGGAGGGCCACCCUGCGCGGGUCUGAGCAUCCGCAGGGGGCGGGCGGGGGCUGUACGCGCCUUGUCGCGGGGCCUCUGGAACGACUGCCACCCCCCCCCACACACACACCCCAAGCCAGCAGGGACGCCUCGCAGCGAGGCUCCAGCGCUGGCCGUCCGCCCCUCCAGUUUCUCCUAGUCGGGGUCCCGGAGCCCCGUCGUGCGUCCCCUCUCUCCCCCGCAGAGCCUGGGACGCCGCAGGGCAUGGAGUCCUUCCUCAGGAAGCGCCUGACCUUCCUGGCCUCCUUCUGGGACAAGAUCUGGCCGGCAGGUGCGCCGCCCUUCCCGGACCCCGACGCCGACGUGGAGCCGGAGCCCGCGGCCGGGGAGGCCGCCGCCUCGGAGCCCCGCAGCGGCCCCGCGCCCGCGCGGCUCUUCACGGCGCUGUACGACUUCAGGGCGCGGAGCGCAGAGGAGCUGAGCGUCCGCCGCGGGGACAGGCUCUGUGCCCUCAGGGAGGAGGGCGGCUACGUCUUGGCCCGCAGGCUCUCAGGCUGGCCCAGCACCGGGCUGGUGCCCAUCGCAUAUGUGGCGGAGGCCGCCCCCGAGUCGCUCUCGGACCAGCCCUGGUACUUCAGCGGCAUCAGCCGAACCCAGGCCCAGCAGCUGCUCCUGUCCCCCGCCAAUGCACCCGGGGCCUUCCUUAUCCGGCCCAGCGAGAGCAGCCAUGGGGACUUCUCGCUGUCAGUCCGGGCCCAGACCGGAGUCUGCCACUACCGCGUCUCCACGGCAGCCGACGGCAGCCUCUACCUGCAGAAGGACCGGCUCUUCCCCAGUCUGGAGGAGCUGCUGGCUUAUUACAAGGCCAACUGGAAGCGGACCCAGAACCCAUUGCUGCAGCCCUGCGUGCCCCAGAAGCCCCCCGAGUGGGACGAGUGGGAGCGGCCACACUCUGAGUUCACUCUGCGGAGGAAGCUGGGCAGAGGCUACUUCGGGGAGGUGUGGGAAGGCCUGUGGCUUGGCUUCGUGCCCGUGGCUGUCAAGGUCAUCAAAGCAGCCGACAUGAAGCUCGCUGACCUGGCCCAGGAGAUCCAGACGCUCAAGAGCCUGAGGCACGAGCGCCUCAUCCGGCUGCACGCGGUGUGCUCCGCGGGCGAUCCCGUGUACAUUGUCACCGAGCUCAUGCGCAAGGGCAGCCUGCGGGCCUUCCUAGGCAGCCCCGAAGGCCGGGCCCUGAGCCCGCCUCUCCUGCUGACCUUUGGCUGCCAGGUGGCUGAGGGCAUGAGCUACCUGGAGGAGCAGCGCAUUGUACACCGGGACCUGGCCGCCAGGAAUGUGCUUGUGGGCGACGACCUAGCCUGCAAGGUGGCCGACUUUGGCCUGGCCCGGCUGCUCAAGGACGAUUUCUACUCCCCGAGCAGCGGCUCCAAGAUCCCCGUCAAGUGGACGGCGCCCGAGGCGGCCAACUACUGCGUGUACUCCCCAAAGUCAGACGUCUGGUCCUUUGGGGUCCUGCUCUACGAGGUCUUCACCUACGGCCAGUGUCCCUACGAAGGAAUGAGCAACCACGAGACUCUGCAGCAGAUUUCGCGAGGGUACCGUCUGCCGCGCCCCGCCGCCUGCCCGGCCGAGGUCUACGCGCUCAUGCUGGAGUGCUGGAGCGGCUGCCCCGAGCGGCGGCCCGCCUUCGCGGCGCUGCAGGGGAGGCUGGGCGCUGUGGGCAGGCGCCGCCGCCCGGCCCUCACGUGACCCGCGCGCCCGCUCGGGGGCCCCUCGCCGGACAGUGUUUGCCGUGGACACGCACGAGUCACACUGGCGCCCGCCCGCGGGGCCUCUGGCCGUGGGCCUCACGCCCUGACACGCACAUGUGACACAUGCAGACAGCGCUCGGACGCGGGCACGGGCUG